AUUAAAUUAGACUCCAUGGCAUUAAAUAGGGCAGGGCGUCUCCAUUGAUCUGCUGUUGGGUGAGAGAAACCCUAGGUUUUGGAUCCCCUUUUCCGUUCUGUGGUCCGAAGCCCUAUCCAUUUUCUUUGGAAUCGUCUUAGUUUGAUCGAACACUGAUGGGUUCGAAGAGGAUCAUGAAGGAGUUGAAGGACUUGGAGAAGGAUCCUCCUGCAUCUUGCAGUGCAGGACCUGUGGCUGAAGAUAUAUUCCACUGGCAGGCAACCAUUAUGGGACCAACUGAUAGCCCAUUUGCAGGUGGUAUAUUUCUUGUGAAUAUUCAUUUUCCACCUGACUACCCAUUCAAGCCACCCAAGGUCUCAUUUCGCACCAAAGUUUAUCAUCCAAAUAUCAACAGUAAUGGAAGCAUCUGCCUUGACAUCUUAAAGGAGCAGUGGAGUCCUGCUCUGACAAUAUCCAAGGUGCUGCUAUCCAUUAGUUCACUUCUGACGGACCCAAACCCUGAUGAUCCAUUGGUGCCGGAAAUUGCUCACAUGUACAAGACCGAUCGUGUCAAGUAUGAGGCGACUGCCCGAUCUUGGACCCAGAAAUAUGCCAUGGGAUAAAAUCAUUCAGCUGAAAACAAGGGUUGCUAGUUAGUAGUAUUAUGAUUAAGCUGGCCUUGUUUCUCUUGUUGACAUAUAUAUAUGGGAAACUUUGCUUAGCGACUAUCUGGGAAUGAAGUCGGACUCCAUUCCAGGUAUAUUUCCGCACUGUUUGACUUAAUAUUAGGGUUGAUCUCAGUUCAAAACUCAAGCUGAGUUCAUUUAUUAUUUUGUACAUUUAUUAUUAGUUUGAGCUUUGUUCGAGUUUGACUCAUCAUAAAUCAAACCUUUUGGGUUCCUUGUGGAGCCAGGUUUUUUAGUCUUA